UUUAUUCUGUUGUGGUGACUCUCACUACAUAAACGAUCUUUUCUGUCACGCACUUUCGCGCGAAACUUUGUUUGGAGAGCUGAAGUGAAGGAGAGACGUAGAAAUGAGUAAGAAGGAUAACGGCGCCCCACUGAUCCUCUCUUACCUGAAUGAGAAGAACCGACCGUACAGCGCGCAGGAUGUCUUCUGCAACCUACAGAAGCAGCAUGGAUUUGGCAAAACGGCAGUGGUCAAAACCAUGGAGCUGCUGUCUAUGGAGGGGAAGAUAACGGAGAAAAUAUAUGGCAAACAAAAGAUCUAUUUCGCUAAUCAGUCUCAGUUCAAAAAUGUGAGCGAGGAGGAGCUGAAGGCAAUGAACUGUCAGAUCUCACAGCUCACUGCAGAGGUGCAGGCGCUCGCCAGCAGCUGCAGACAACUGGAUGCAGAGCUGAAGGAGCUCAGCAGCUCCCUCACAACCCAGGAAAUGAUGUCGGAGGUCCGGGAGCUGAAGGCCGAGUGUUCAGGCUACGCAGCGCGUCUGGAGAAGAUCAAGUCCGCCACGAAUCACGUCACACCGGAGGAGAAAGAGAAGGUUUACAAAGACCGGGACGUUUACGUCAAAGAGUGGAAGAAGAGAAAGAGAUUGGCUUCCGACAUGGUCAACGCGAUCCUGGAAGGAUACCCGAAGAGCAAGAAGCAGUUCCUGGAGGAGGUCGGGGUGGAGACGGACGAGGACUGUAAGGUGGUGGUUCCAACCACUUGAAAGGAAACGCCCGCUUACCCGCUUCAUUAUCGUACGCCCAGAACAGAGAUGACACAUCAGAGCGCUUCGAGCCACAGCACGUUUUUUAUUUAUGGCUUUUCUCUGGAACAAAUGGUACAUCGGUAAUAAAAGUUGAAUGCAAAACCAACUUCCUCUGUAAUUGAAAGUAGAUUUAAACAACUUUGGUUUAAUUCAAUUCCUUUUAAAGCCACUAAAUAAAUUCCCAACCUUUGAAAUCAAAUUGGUCUUUUUUAGCUCUGUAAGCUUCAUUUGUGUUUAAGUCCAUAUUCCUGCAAUAUUUAUUUUUACUGUUCUUAAAAGAGCCAAAAUGUAUAAAACACAAAAGGUUGUCAUGUUAAUCAUUUGUACUGGUUCUUCAGAGUUUAACGUUAUUAAAUAUUCAUUAAUGCAA